AUGGCUGCCCUAAAUCUACGAAGAACAUUCCGCUAUCCAGAUUCAGAGAGCGAGAACGAGACCCGGGAGGAGCUGGACGAGGAGGAGCAAGAAGCUGUCAUUCAAAAGUUGCUGCGCCAGGACGAAGAGCGCAAUACUCAAUAUACACUCAUUUUCACCACUAUACCCCUGGUUUCGACUCUUCUAUAUCUCCCUUCCUUCAUAUCCGCAUCAUCUACAGCGUCCCGCAGGUUUCUUUGUCUCCUCAGCAUUGCGUCGCUGCUCGCCACAGCUUACAUCAUGAGAUACCUCCGCAUAGAACGGACUGACCACAAGGGCAAACGUCCCUUGAGGGACAUUGAAGCUGAACAGGGCCCACUCAUAGUCAGGCAGUAUCUUUCUCCUGCAAACACUUGCAUCUGUGCUAUUCUCUCUGUCACUGCAUUUGUCCUUCAAAGCCAGCCUUAUGCUGAAGAUAUGUUCUGGAUCUUCUGCCUUGUUCCUGGAAUGGUCUUUCUUCUUGUCUGGGUUUCUAGAAAUAUCAUGCUAUCAGUCGAUAUCAAAGAACUGGAGGGUCUGCGAUACGAGUAUAAAGGUGCUUAA